AUGCAGCAAAGCUUUCAGGAGGCACAGGGGGAGCCUUUGGGCUACAGGAACAGGCGCAAGACUGUGCCCAAAUUCCUUGAAUCCAAAAUGACCGCCCUCCUGUUCUCCCAGAACGUGGGUGGAGGUACUGCUGUGGUCCAGGUGAGAGCCACUGACCGUGACAUCGGGAUCAACAGUGUCCUGUCCUACUACAUCACCGAGGGCAACCAGGACAUGACCUUCCGCAUGGACCGCGUCAGUGGUGAGAUCGCCACGCGGCCCGCCCCGCCCGACCGCGAGCGCCAGAGCUUCUACCACCUGGUAGUCACUGUGGAAGACGAGGGCACCCCCACCCUGUCGGCCACCACGCACGUGUACGUGACCAUUGUGGAUGAGAAUGAUAAUGCGCCUGUGUUUCGGCAGCCCCACUAUGAGGUGCUGCUGGAUGAGGGCCCAGACACGCUCAACACCAGCCUCAUCACCAUCCAGGCACUGGAUCUGGACGAGGGGCCCAAUGGCACAGUCACCUAUGCCAUCAUCGCAGGCAACAUCAUCAACACCUUCCACAUCGACAGAUACAUGGGUGUCAUCAGUGCCACCAAGGAGCUGGACUACGAGAUCAGCCACGGCCGCUACACCCUGAUCGUCACCGCCACAGACCAGUGCCCCAUCUUAUCCCGCCGCCUCACCUCUACCACCACGGUGCUUGUGAAUGUGAAUGACAUCAACGACAAUGUGCCUACCUUCCCCCGGGACUAUGAGGGACCAUUUGAAGUCACCGAGGGCCAGCCAGGGCCCAGAGUAUGGACCUUCCUGGCCCAUGACCAGGACUCAGGCCCCAACGGGCAGGUGGAGUACAGCAUCGUGGACGGAGACCCUCUGGGGGAGUUUGUGAUCUCUCCCGUGGAGGGGGUGCUGCGGGUCCGGAAGGAUGUGGAGCUGGACCGGGAGACCAUCGCCUUCUACAACCUGACCAUCUGUGCCCGCGACCGGGGGGUGCCACCACUCAGCUCCACAAUGCUGGUGGGGAUCCGGGUGCUGGAUAUCAACGACAAUGACCCUGUGCUGCUGAACCUGCCCAUGAACAUCACCAUCAGCGAGAACAGCCCCAUCUCCAGCUUUGUCGCCCACGUCCUGGCCAGCGACGCUGACAGCGGCUGCAACGCACGCCUCACCUUCAACAUCACUGCGGGCAACCGCGAACAGGCCUUCUUCAUCAACGCCACGACAGGGAUCGUCACUGUGAACCGGCCCCUGGACCGCGAGCGGAUCCCAGAGUACAAGCUGACCAUUUCUGUGAAAGACAACCCGGAGAACCCACGCAUAGCCAGGAGGGAUUAUGACUUGCUUCUGAUCUUCCUUUCGGAUGAAAACGACAAUCACCCCCUCUUCACUGAAAGCACCUACCAGGCAGAGGUGAUGGAAAACUCUCCCGCUGGGACCCCUCUCACGGUGCUCAAUGGGCCCAUCCUGGCCCUGGAUGCAGACCAAGACAUCUACGCCGUGGUGACCUACCAGCUGCUGGGCGCCCAGAGUGGCCUCUUUGACAUCAACAACAGCACCGGUGAGGUCUCUGUGCCACCUAACACUCCCAGCCUGGCUCUGGGCUGGGGAUGGCCCCAGUGCUGGAUUAAGGGCCUCCCUUCUCAGUGCUGAACUCAGGCUGUCCAUGGAGACCCCAUUUUUCACAGCCCAGAGUCCCCACCUUGCAGCUGGAUUAUGUCACCCAC